AUGAAGUUUUCUGGUUUAGUCUUAGGUGCUAUCGCUGUUGUUGGUUUUGCCAACGCUGCUGAAGAAGUUAUUGCAGUCAAUAAAGACAUUACUGAAUCCAGCACUCAUAAAUAUGGUAGAUUCGAUAAAACUAAACAAGAAUCAACACCAGAAGAAACCGGUACUCAUAAAUAUGGAAGAUUUGACAAAACUAAACAAGAAUCAAAAACCACUGAAACUGGUACUCAUAAAUAUGGUAGAUUUGAUAAAACUAAACAAGAAUCAACACCAGAAGAAACUGGUACCCACAAAUAUGGAAGAUUCGAUAAGACCCAAAAAGAAUCAACAACUGAAGAAACAGGUACUCAUAAAUAUGGUAGAUUUGAUAAGACUGCAAAGGAAUCUACUACCAAAGAAACAGGUACUCAUAGUUACGGUAGAUUCAACAAAACUCCACAUUCAUCUAAUGUCAACAAAGCUGUUUCAGAAAAUGGUGCUGCUACUGUCUAUGGUGUUGGUAUUGGUUCAGUUGUUCUUGCUGGUCUUUCUUUAUUAUUAUAG